GUGGACUUCUAAGUUUCCAGUGCGAUCGCAGGCUUUCCCACUCGAAGGUUUGACCAGAGAGACACAACCACCGACCGACGUUCAGAAAAAGUCAAGAGCAACGACGACAAUGACGGAAACAGAGGGACGCCAGAGGAACGGUGGUGGGAUCGACAGCAAACUCGAUGCCACCCUUGUUUUUGAGACCACCGACGAUGUCAAGGUCGUCAACACUUUCGACCAAAUGGGUCUGAAGGAAGACUUACUGAGAGGAAUCUACGCCUACAACUUCGAGAAGCCGUCCGCCAUCCAACAACGUGCAAUCUUCCCUAUUAUCAGUGGCCGAGAUGUGAUCGCCCAAGCGCAGUCUGGAACCGGUAAAACUGCCACCUUCUCGAUCUCCACACUACAAAACAUCGACACUUCGACCCGCGAAACACAGGCAUUGGUGCUGUCUCCCACUCGUGAGCUCGCGACGCAGAUUCAAAGCGUUGUCCUCGCUUUGGGUGACUACAUGAACGUCCAGUGUCAUGCUUGUAUUGGUGGGACCAGUGUCGGUGAAGACAUCAAAAAGUUAGAUUACGGACAGCACAUUGUCUCGGGAACCCCUGGCCGUGUGUUUGAUAUGAUCCGUCGCCGUCACUUGCGCACAAGGCAAAUCAAAAUGCUUGUGCUCGAUGAGGCCGAUGAGAUGUUGAGCAAAGGGUUCAGGGAACAGAUCUACGACGUUUACAGAUACCUGCCACCAGGGUGCCAGGUGGUGCUACUCAGUGCUACACUACCUUACGACGUGCUCGAAAUGACGACCAAGUUCAUGACCGACCCAGUCCGCGUCCUGGUGAAACGUGAUGAAUUGACGUUGGAAGGCAUCAAGCAGUUCUUCGUGGCUGUGGAGCGUGAAGAGUGGAAGUUCGAUACCCUUUGCGACCUCUACGAUACGUUGACGAUUACCCAAGCCGUUAUUUUCUGUAACACACGUAGAAAGGUGGGUCUCGCACUUGAUGCUUUGCCCAUGCUUCAGGACGGUUGCUCACCCGAUUUCUUCAGGUCGACUGGUUGACGGAGAAGAUGCGUGAAGCAAACUUUACCGUUUCCUCAAUGCACGGUGAAAUGCCUCAGAAGGAGCGUGACGCCAUCAUGACAGAGUUCCGACAAGGAUCCAGGUACACAGGCGAAUAUGUCUCGGUUGGCUAAAUGCGCGA